UCUAUCCUAACCCACCGACUAACAGCUGACAGUCCCCCGCCAGCUAGUCGACAUCGUUUGGCUUAGUUGCUAAACGCAGAUUCGCCAUACAUAAUACACAAUCAUAGUAGAAUAGACUACCCAGAGCCAAUCCGAGUUGUCUAUUUUGGACUUGGUUAUAUCUAGCGGAGUUAUCUUGCGAGAGAACGUGGGGGCUCACUGGUGAACCCUCAUCCACACCCACACCCACACUUGUGCCUAUUCAAACCCGUCAGGCCAUCAAUACUUCCAAAGUGGAUUAUAAGCAUUACCCUGACAUUACUAGCAACAACGUUGUCACCAUGUCGAACACUUCCCGAAACAGUUCUUCCACUUCUCUGAUGGGCUUCUCCGUCCACCAGCCUUCGAUUGGGUCCCCCUUGCAGUUCUUCCCUGCUAUGGGUUCCAAGCAAUUGGACGAGAUGAUUGACGCAUACGUUCCCGGCGACGUUCCUAUCGCUAACAAGCGUGCUACCGUCUCCAUGGAGUUCUUUGAGCACAGCAUGGCCACCGGUGAACUCUUCAAGUUCUUCAUGGUCUAUCCUUCUCUGGGCUCGGCCACUGAGUCGCCGUCCGGCUCCAUGCUCGACUCCGGCUACGGCUCUAGCUUCACAUCUCCCGUCAUGUCCGAGAGCCAGUGGACGCAAACCGGCAGCGCUUCACUGCUGCCCAGCGAAUCCAAGGCUGGCAAAUCAUCCACCAAGAGAGCGGCUCUAUCCAAUGAUUUCUCUCAUCUCCCAGGCAUGAAGAUCAUCACUAAAGAUGGUAAAGACGUAACUAAUAUGACCUCUCGUGGAUGCAAAACUAAGGAACAGCGUGACCACGCCCACCUGAUGCGGAUCAUCAAGGCAUGCGACUCGUGCAGGAGAAAGAAGGUGCGUUGUGACCCAAGCCAUAAGAGGUCAGCGGGUUCUUCUACGGCCAAGAUAUCCAGGAAGACGAAGAAGACAGCCGCUUCAACAAUACCGUCAUCAGCACCACCACCUCAACAAACAUUAGAACCUUUGGAAAAUUUCCUACAUACUCCUUCAUUCAGCAUUUCAGACGAGGCUCCAUCGUUUUCGGUUGACUCAGCUAUGUCCGAAUCAUUGGUCGACCUAACUAUGGAUUGGAACCAAUUCAUCCAGUUCGAUGAGGAACCAAUCGACGCUAUCCCAUCCGACUACGACUUCUUCCACGAUCCCCAGGGCCUCCUAUCACCCACAUCAUACAACUCGUUCUCACCAUCGCAACCAAUCACACCUACGCAGACACUUGGCGUUGAGAACAUGGCGACUGGUACCAUCGAGAGAGAGGCGCAAGUACCGCUACCGCCAUAUCUAAACCCGGGCGGCGAAGCUGGCAGCAACUACGCCGACUUCAGCUUAUACUCUCCAGGUUCUUCAACUGGCCUUGAAGACGACCCAAGCCUGAGCAAGGAGGUCGCAGCGAUGCCUCUUCCUGACUACUUCCAAUACUCCGACCACCAACGACCAGCAUGUCGCGGCCAGGAGAUUCGUACAGGCGAAGACCGGAAUGUUGAUACGCAAUUAGCUGUAUCUCCGAAUAUUCAAUACUAUAGUUCCCUCUCCGGCCCCGAACCAGGACUGUCGCCAGCCAACCUAGACACGUCGCCAUACUACGAGAAUGUAUCUCACACAGCUUCUGACAACAAUGGGUAUCCCAAGUGGCAUGUUCCCGUUUCCCCACGGGACCUAGACUCAGUACCGCCGGUGUAUUCAGAUGAAUCACGACCAAAACCACGCACUGUGUCAUCGCCGACUGAAGCGGAUGUACGGACGACCGUAGUGAACACGUCCCUGACACGACCAACCGCUGCACCUACGUCUCUUGAACAACAGGAGUUCCAACCUGCACCACCCUCGUUUUACGGUCACUCUAGGAUGACUAGGUCGAUCACGAUAGAUCAGCAGAGCCAGGAGAGAUCGGUUGCCAUGCUAGCAAGCGACGCCGGGUAUUGGAGUACAACGUCUGGUGUUCUAGUGACGCCCACAACUGCGACAACGGAACCAUUCCUAGUGAGCCAAUUACAUCAGAAGCGCAAUUGGCAAGCUCAAAGCAAGACCGUGUACAAUGAGACGUUGGCACUACGCUCCCCUGCAGUCAAAAAUGACGGAACAGACGAAACAUUGCCGUCCUUAGCCUCUUCAUCACGGCCUACACAACCUACGCGAUUCGUAAGGGGUACGGCCAAGAAGACGACAUCGACAUGUAUGGUAGAAAUAGGCAUCGACGACGCCCAUGAAGGCAACGACUCUGCCAACAACAGCAGUACUGUUGACUUAGCUGCCCGGGGUGUCAUAGUCCCCAGCACUAAUAGGCAGGGCGAACUCCUCGGUGAAAGCGUCCUAUCUGUAUCCCUGUUGGGAGCCAGCAAUAGUGUACUCCUUUCGGGCGUACUAGUUUCUGUUCUUGCCCUGACAACCCUCCAUGUCUUGCCCUUCUUAUUCGCUAUAGGCACGGUUUGCCAAUGGCGACUUGUCAGCAACAGUGCCGAAAAGUUCGGACUUACCCCCGUAUUAACGGGAUCUCAACCGGUUGCCCCCGCUUCUAUCAAGCAACGGCAACGUACCAUCGAACCUGCGGGCACGCUAGAUCUGCCCGCGCAACCUCUUUCCUUUCUGAGGCGACUUCCUUUCGCUGUCACCAACGGCAUUAAGUCGAGGUAUUCCCAAUUAUCAGGGGGGUUUCCCAGAAAUUAUUGCAACUUCGAAAAGAAAUAUAACUUCCAGGCAUUCAACGACGUCCGAGGGAUGCGACGCUUGCAGCGAAUGACGAGCAUUGCAUGGUGAUGAUAUUUGUUGCUAGACGACAACAAUGAUAUCACUAUUUGGGAUGGAUGAUAUGUAUGUAUGUAUGUAUUAAUAUGGUUGGGGGUGGAAAUGCAUCACCCCCGAAAGGACGGAUACCCUUGGUUGAACAGAGGAUGGAACUGAUGAUAGUUGAUUCAAUGUGAGCUUCUGGCUCGUAGCAGAGGAAAGAUGGUGGUUGGGGGCCGGUCCAGCUGACGAUCUCUGGGGGGUGCUAUUUGGGUAUUUGGACAUUUUGAUACCUAUCUUGCGCCUACUUAGACCAAUACGACCCUCACCUGCUUUUAUUAAUGCCGUCGUCUCCUAGUGUUGACCUUGUGAAAUGAAUUCAUA